GUGCACGCCAUGAAUACGCACGAAACGGCGCGAGUAUUAUUAUUGUUAUGCGCCGUACUGUACUCUUUCACCGGAACUGCCAGCGCGGUGGCUGGUGUAGAGACAACAUCGACGACGACGACGACGACGACGACGACCACAGCAUCGCCCACAGAGAAGCUCAAGGCUGAUUUCACCGAAGUGACCAACGUGCUGGCUUCCAAGUUUCUUCCUAGCGUGUCGGACCUGAUUGGAAGCCCCGACCUGAGCAUUCCCUGUUCGUCGAGUGUUGUGAAGCUUCUGCUCGGAUUAAAGAACAAGGAUGCCUGGGCCAUGAAAAUGCUCUUGUCCAGUGGGCUUCUCCCCAGCAACAUCUUUGAGGGUGGCCUAGUGAACCUCGGUUCGUACCAGCAGUGCUUCCGCACUAGGUUGGUCGACAGAGACGGCCAGGCUACCAUGAAGGGGCAGUAUUGUUCGCUGCACUUCAAAGUGCCCCGUGACCUGAUGAGCACGCUCGUCGACAGCUUUCACAAGAUUGGGGAGUUCUUGGGCCGUACAAACCCGCUCACGAGGACCACGCACAACAAAUUUGCCAGCAUAGACUACCGAAUUGGUAUCUGCACUCCGUCGACAUGCACCACCAAGGACCUCCAAGUGUUGGCCACCAAAAUGCUCGGUCAGUAUGGGAUAAACUCCACCGUCAGAAGCUGUCGCACGGACUCUACCAAGACCAUGACGCUUCUUCAAGCAGUGUCCAUGGCAGUGUUGGGAAUUCUCGUGCUCACGGUCGUUGUGGCAACACUUGCAGAAUGGAUAAUGGAAGCACGUGGAGGCUGCAACGUCAAGCGCAAGGAUGGUACUGCACUUGGAACAUUGUUGUACUUCUCCGCUUUGAGCAAUACACGCUACCUGUUGACCGUCCGGAACACGGAGAAGAACCAACCUCUUCUUUUCAUGGGUGGCUUCAAGGUGCUUCUAAUCCUGUGGGUCAUAUACGGCCACUCCUACAUAAUGGUGCAACUCGAAUUCUCAGACAACCUGUUCAGUAUAGCAGAAAUCAGCAUGAAGCUUCUCUCUCAGAUAGUCCCCAAUGGCUUCCUUAGCGUAUCCACGUUCCUGUACUUAAGUGGCUUCGCGCUAACGUAUUCACUGCUUGUCUUUCGACAAGCUUUAUACAAACAGAACCUGCUGAUCAUUUUCUUCAUUGGUUGCUCCAAGCGUUACUUUAGGUUGACAUUGCCAAUAAUUGGAGUUAUCCUCGGUACAUUCUUGCUGCCGCUACUCGUCAAUGGCCCGGCUGAUCAAGAUUUCGUGGCGAGUGAAGUGCAGGGCUGCAUUUCAAAUUGGUGGACUGUGUUCGUGCAUGCGAACAACUUCAACUCGAUGAAUGACAUGUGCCUGCAACAUCUGUGGUAUGUGAGCGCCGACAUGCAGCUUUUCGUUUUUGUGGCACUUCCACUGUCACUUAUAUUUAUCAGACACCCAAAGAUUGGCCUGGCUUUAUCAGCUGUGAUAGCCGCUGCUUUCAGCGUGAUGACCGUACUUCAGAUUUACUACUGGGAUGUCGCAUACUCCAUGAGCGUCGCGACUAACGACCAAAGAAAAACAUACCUUUCUCUAGAGUUAAUCUACUACAAGCCUUUUACGCACGUCGGUUCGUACGUGGUGGGCCUCGUGACAGGAUACCUUGCUUUGGAAUACAGAACCAAGCCUAUUCACAAAGCGAUCCAGGCGGUACAGUGGUUGUUGUCUAUUGGGCUUGCGUGCUUCGUGAUGUUUGUGACAAUGUACUGGAACCAAGGCAAUGCCCCAAGCGACGUGGUGAACGCCCUGUACGGCGGCUGCCAUAGGCUUCUAUGGGCGCUCGCACUUGCUUGGCCAUCUUUCGCCUGCGCCACAGGCAGAGGAGGCAUCUUAAACGCUUUCCUCGCAUGGAAAGCCCUCAGGCCUCUGUCGCGACUUACUUACUGCAUAUACCUGGUCCACUUGUGGUUCUUUCUGAUUCGCAUGGGCAACAUGAGAACCAACUUCGAACUGGACGAAUACACGCAGCUAAUGAUGUCUCUUGGAAUAUUCUGCUACAGCAUAUUUUUCGGCUACGUGCUGCAUUUGUGUUGUGAAGCACCAGCCUACCAUCUUCAAAGGAUUUUGUUCGACAAGUCCAUUAGCUCGAAAGCGUCGCAAAGAAAGGGCGAUGACCCCUCUACUACGGAAGUCGACAUUGAGAAAGGCGGCUCCGAGAGCAGCAACUACAGUGGCAAUUUAGAGAAGAAAAGCGCCAUUGAUAACCCAGGAUUUGUAACAGACGCUGAGAAGUCACAUCUGUAG